CACUCUAUGGUAGCGCCGCGCUUCCGGGCGGGCAUGGCGGGCGGCGGGGAGGAGCCCUUCGCGCCCUCGGCGCUGGGCACCAGGCCUCACUGGGAUGCUGCGUAUGAGAGAGAGCUGCAAGCUUUUCAGGAGACGGGAGACGCUGGGGAAAUUUGGUUUGGAGAAGAAAGCAUGGUUCGCAUAAUCAGAUGGUUGGAGAAACAAAAGGUGCCCCUUGACAGCUCUGUGCUUGACAUUGGAACUGGGAAUGGUGUUUUACUGAUUGAAUUGGCAAAAAAUGGCUUCACUAACCUCACUGGGAUUGAUUACUCAGCUUCUGCAAUACAACUUUCAGAAAAAGUAAGGGAGAAAGAAGGGGUGUCUAACAUUAAAUUACUGGUAGAAGACUUCCUGGCUCCAUCAGCUGAGCUACUGGGAUUUCAGAUCUGUAUUGACAAGGGGACUUUUGAUGCCGUGAGCCUUAAUCCUGACAAUGCAGUUGGAAAGAGGAAGCAGUACGUGAGAUCUCUCUGCAGUGUAUUGAAGCCAGAGGGCUUUUUCCUCAUCACAUCUUGCAACUGGACCAAGGAGGAGCUGCUGAAUGAGUUCAGAGAAGGAUUUGAAAUUGUGGAGGAGCUGCCAACACCCAAGUUCUGCUUUGGAGGAAGAAUUGGAAACAGCGUAACAGCACUGGUUUUCCAAAGAAAAAAGUGAGACCAUCCAUCUUGGACAAAUUAGAUUAGCUGAGAAAAGUCUGAACUUUAAAGUAAGCCUGACAGCAAACCUCAGACACGUGUGUAAAUAAAUGUUAUUUGAGUACACAGUUAAAUGCUAUGUAUGGAACUCUAAGGGACUAUAAAACAUUGCCCUAGAAACACAAGAGCUUUGCAUAACUUGCCUGUAAAUUUUGGCCUUGCUACAACCUCACUUGUUUCAGGGAGGCUGCAAGUUUGAGAGAGACAAGUCAUUUUAAAUAUUGACUGAGAUAGCCGAGUGUUGUCUGCAUUUGGAAUGUAAAGAUUAUCUGGUAUUUAAUUUCUGGAUUGGUAAUCAGUGACCAACAGAAGCAAAGGUGUUCUACAGAGGAAAUCUCAUUUCUGUGCUGUGGUGUAACUGGAGAGAAGCUUUUGAGAUGUAGUUGGUGGACCCUUCAUUUUUGCAGAAGGUAAUUCUCACCACCUGUGAGAAUGUAGACUUGCAUCAUUGCUUACUUCCACUGAUCCCAUAAUUGUAUAAAGGUGUGACAUUAUAAUCUCACUAGCAUGUGACAUAUGCCUCUUUCAUGACUAAUUUGCUAUAUAAUGAUGUCCUGAGCUCCAACAAAGACCAUGUGUUUUCCAGUGAUUUUCUCAGGAUAAAUUUUAAUUGCAUAACGAAGAGGAGUUUACCUGUAAAUUCCCUGUGAGGUAAGUGGGAUUUAAGGCAAGUUUGAGGCAGAGUUCCUGAGCCUGUCAGCUUCUCAGGACUACACUGAAAUUUUCCAGUAAAAUGCUCAAAAAAAUGAAGAGAGUGAAGCCUGCAGAUGGGUGGUGCUGUGGGAAGGAGGGACAAGGAACAGGAAGAAGCAGGGUGGCACCCACAGCUGAAAUGGUUUUGAUUCCUCAGUUGGUAGUGGCCUCUCUUCAGUCUCAAACAAGCACACAAGCAAUCACUUGGGUCUAAUGAUUUCUGCAUCUGAUCUGUAGCUGGCAGUGUUCAGUGCCUGUGCACUUUGAACUAUCACUGGAGAGUAGAAGAAUGCUUGUAAAACAUGUUGAGGAGGGCGUUUUUAAGGCAGUAAUAAUCAAAGGCCUGCUGUUUGAAAUCUGCUGUUAGAAACCUGACCCUUAUGAAUAAUGGAGUCUAGGCAGCAGCUGUAACAGUGACUUGAAUAAUGUUUUUUUCUUUACUGACUGGUAAGAUUUGGCAAUGACAUGUCAGAGAAUGGCCUUGAUUUUGAGCGGUUCGCCUUGCCAGAUGAUUUUUCAUGAAGGUAGAAUCUCAAGAUGUCUGUGCUGCUCAGUGAGAAACCUCUUAAAAGAGGCAGGGAAAUAAACAGUGAGUUAGGAGCAGUGAGGCUUUGCUCGUGGUUUGGAGAGCUUUAUGGUAGUUCAUAAAGGUGGAUAUCUGGGUGAAUACACAGUUGUGUGACUUUUGGUGUCAGCUGCAAAGCUGAACUACGGGGGAGUAAAUACAGCAUUUGAAAUGCAUUCUGCUCCUAUUGUGUUUCUCUCUGGGGAUUUUGCUUGUGAUUUCUCAGUCAAAUGUGAGAUUUGUAGAUAGUGAAACUAAUACCAUCCCUGGAUCUCAGCAAGCUUUUUCUGUAGUCCCAAGUUUAGGUUGGAUGGUGCUGCAGGGCCAGCAUACCUUUAUGGAGCUGUGAAUAGCUUUGUGUCAAAGGUAGGCAGGACAGAGAGGGAUUAUGUUCCUUUGUUGACCUACAGCAUGCCAAAGGCUGACAUUCCCUGAGUGCCGGUGGGCUUUGCACCUGGCUUCAUGAGCCAGAUUCCAAGCUCAAUGAGAUGCCUGGAAAGACUGGAAAGGAAAGGGCGGUGUCAACCACAGCCCUCCAGAGGGAUCCACUGCUUGGAAAUGAAGUCUCUCCCAUUCUCCUUAAGCAAUGAAACCUCAAGACUAGGACAGAUCUCAUCUUCUAAGCCAGGUGUUUUCAGUAUGUGCAGUUCUGGUGAUGCGUGAACUGCUAGGAGCUGGUUGUUGUGGCUGGGCUGCACAGGUCCUGCUGGCCAUUGCUGACCUUUCCUUCCAGGAAGAUGGCUUUUAGGAUAGAAGCCCACAACCAGCUGCUUUUUUGUACAGCUCUGACCCCCAGUAUCUGGCUCCUGGUAUCUGCCAUCGCCAAGCAAAUCAUGGAAUCAUGAUAAACCUUAAAGCCAUUUUUAAUAAUAGAGAAGAAUCACAGAAUGGCCUGGAUUGAAAAGGGCCACACUGCUCAUCCAGCUCCAACCCCCUGCUGUGUGCAGGUCACCAACCAGCAGCCCAGGCUGCCCAGAGCCACAUCCAGCCUGGCCUUGAAUGCCUGCAGGGAUGGGGCAUCCACAGCCUCCUUGGGCAGCCUGUGCCAGUGCCUCACCACCCUCUGAGUGAAAAUGGCCUUCUGUGGUUCAUUUUGGAAGUAUUUACUGGGAGAUCCAUUGUGUUGGUUGUGGCUCUUGUGCUGCUGAGUGGGCUGGGAGCAUUUUACCUGUGGGAGAGCAGGCCAUUGGAUUUUUAUGGGUUGUGUAAAGGAAGUGAACUGUCAGGAUGAAAUGUCUGAAAGAGGAGACCAAGUGAAAUUAAGGAAAUAAGUAUUGAUUCAAGAAGGCCUAUCUUUACAGGUGGAAUUCAGUUUAAGCAUAAGGUAAACAGGCUCUCAAGACAAAAAACCUUUGCGUUUUCAGCAUCACAGCACUUUCUUGAAGUAAAAACUACUCCUUUAAUCAUGUUGCCGUAAAUUAAAAAGUGGGAAGUGCCAGACGUGAAAACUGUAACGCAAAUGAAUGAACACAAGAUUCAGAAGGAGGAAUAAUGUUGCCUUGCUCCUUGACUUCCUUCUUGGUGACCAAGCUGUUAUUUAUAUGCCAGUAUUUUCGUUUAGUGGUCAUUGCUCCCUAAGGAGCAGAGCCAACGGCAGUGCAGUCUGUCGAGUGUUUUUUAAAGUUAAUUUUUGGAAGGCUAAGAAGAUACGGCAUCAAUAUUCUGGUAUUAAAUGUAAAUAUAAUUUUGUGGUCUAGAAGGAAGAAUUUAUGGGAGCUAUAAUUUUUUUUUUUGAAGGUAUGCUGGAUUGCAUGCAGAACACUAACAGAAUUAUGGCAGCUGCUGUACCAGAGAGGGCAGUAAUGAUGAAAUGACAGUCUAUCUGUUCCAUCCAGAGACUAUUCAAGUCUUUAUAGAGAGCACUGGGUAGAAAUAACUGCAGCAUAGCGGGGUCAUAUCUACAUACAGACACAGGCUCUCCCCCUCCAUUUCAAACUCAGUGUUGUAGCCCAAUUUCUGACCACCAGGAACAGCCUGCUGUCCCAGUUGUGCUGUGGGAUUUGGGGUGUUGGACACCUGUGGGUCUUGGGGGAGCAAACACUGUGCAUACUGCUGUGUUUCAGAGGUUGACCUUAGGACACCAGUGUGGGUCAAAGUGGGGAAAGGAGGCAAUGACUCCUCUCACUUGCAGCAGCCUGGCCUUGCUGUCCAGGUGCGUGGGGUCUGUGGUACCCAUGAGGCUGAGAAGUGGGGCUGGUGUUCAUCCUGGCAGCAUCUCUUUUCAUAAGGAUGAGUCCUUGACUAGCUUUUCUGCUGCAUUAAGCACAAUGUGCUUUUCUUCGUUGCUGACACUGGCUGCUGUGUAUUCCCAUGUUCCAGGAAUGCACUGGCAGCAUUGUAGCCAUUGUAAGGAAAAUCCAUGUACAUGCACUCUGCUAUGUCCGUGCUGCUGGGUUCCAGGGUGCCUGGUAAAAGCUGCCAACAUUUGUGUUAUUUCAUACCAGAGCAAAACUGUGAUCGUGGUAUUUAGCAACAUACAGCAAAAUUCUCAGUGCUUUGGCACUCAGCUGGCUUUCUGAAUCUUGGCACACUGAAAGGUAAAGAACGUGCCUCAGGAACUGUUUUAUUUGUAUGGUCCCGUUAAGCAUUUUAACAUAUGGAUCAUCUCCUGUAAAAUACACAAGGAAAACGCACAAGAUAAACAGACCAGAGCUUUGCACUGCCACAGGGAGACCCACCUGCCUUUGUGCUUCCGUGGUGCGUUGCCUCUGCCUGGGCUGUGUGAUGCUUCCCUUCCUUCAGAGGGGUUGGCUCUGCUCUGCCCCAUGGCUGGAAGGUCCUUGGGUGCGACCUAAACCUGCUGGGUGGGGGAGCAGCCCUUGGAUAGCUGGGGCUUUCAGUGGAAAAGGGAUGAACCGUUACAGCCUGGAGAUGGAGGAGGGAAAGGAACGCUGGUGUGUUUUAUUUGAUACAGGGGGAAAGCCAAGCCGUGGCUUAAUUUCCAUUUGUUAGGUAACAGUAUAGCUUGAAAUGAGCGGAUUUCUAGGUUACUGGAAAGUAAACAGACCGCUUGAUGUAGCCAUAUGAAUUCCGGAUAAUGGCAAGUGCAUAUGCUUGUGCUGGAAAGCAGGGCUGACAAACAGUAUGAGAGAACACAAACAAGCCUCAGUGCAGCCGCUUGAACGGCCAAGUGCUCGCAGACAGACAGUGUCACAGAGCGAGCAGAGAUGGGGACAAUC